UUUAUCCAGUAAAGAUCGCUCUCAUAACUCAAUAACACCACAACUUUGCCACCAUUUGGUUAACAUGAGAAGUUAUUAAUAUAAAACCUUAGUUAGUGCGAGGUGAAACUCAGGACAAACGGCAUAUUAGAACAGAAAAUAACACCGAAACCAUAUAUCUAUCUCUAUCUCCUAUGCGGGUUUCCUGCUUGCAGAUCCUAUGGCACAUGCGGCGUUUUGACGCUAUUUUCAAUCAUCACAGUUGUAUAUACCUUACAUGUUUUACAUAAGAACAUCUCUACUUACCUGAGUAGCUCAAAGAAACAAACCUACGCGAAUUUUCAAGUAUAAAUAUUGGUCUUCAUCACCGUGAGACUUGUCUUUCUACCUUUCCAUAGAGUUCACAUCAUAAAAGCACCAAUUUCAACUGCCUUUACAAAUACCAACCACCCCAAAAGGUAUCAAAACUUGCCGAAGUCCUCACUACGAUACUCCAUAACAAUAGCCCAUCAUGCAUGCCUCUAUGUCUACACUCCUCCUCUGUCUAGGGCUGGUCGUUAAUGGGUCCAUGGCGUAUUUGACGAUUGGAAAUAAAUGUUAUCACUCAGGCACAGUUCAGUGCGAAUCGACUGAACGCGGACAAACCAACCAGCCGAUUGUCUGCAAUACAAACCAUAUAUGGAUCGCUCAAAGCGGCCGCUGUCCCGACCACACAGUUUGCACAGUAGACUCCGAAAAGAACUAUGUUUCGUGCAACCCGCGCGAUAAAGUUGCUGGGGCGGAUCAAAUGGACGGAGCUGAGGGUGAUCAAGUUAACGAAAACACUGAUGAAGGCAUUGAAGAGGCAACUGCCUAGGGUUUUUACAUGGUAUUUGACCCCUAUUGGAGAAGACAUGGUUAAUAGAUAGCGGUAGAUUGUAUAUACAUUCGUUAUUCUCUAAUUAUUCCUACCUAUAAAAGCGUUGUCACGUCCAGGGUGGUCACAUGACAGCACCCAAUCACGUAAGCAAGAUCAGCGCCUACAAUCUCGACCCAAAUGGCCGGGUCUUCGAUCAUUCUCCUUUUCUAAUAAAUUUUUU